AAGCCCUUGACAGGAUCUACAUUUUCACAGGACCAGGUGCCCAACAUCGCACUGCUGGGUUCUGGAGGAAGUGAAAGAGCAAUGGUGAGUUUGCUGGAAUCACUGGACGCUCUGGCUCAAACUGAUCUCAUGGACUGCAUGAUGUAUCUUGCUGGAAUCUCAGGAUCAACCUGGUGUAUGGCAUCUUUAUACAAAGAACCCAAUUGGUCCAAUAAGCUUAAAGUAGUGAAGGAUGACGUCAUACAGAAACUUGUUGGUCGUGACGUCAGUUUGAUGGACAAAUAUGUGGCCCUCAAAGAAUACUACAGAGUGAAGGAUAACUUUAGUUUGACAGAAGUCUGGGCUGUGCUGUUUAUAAGCAAGAUGGUCAAAGAGAUAGACAAGAAAAGUUUUACCAGUCGACACAGGAGCCAACACAGCAAAGAUCCUUAUCCAAUCUACGCUGUAAUUGAUUUGCAGAGCAAAGAUGAUAAACUAGAUGCAGAUGCGUUUCUUGAGAUCACACCACAUGAGACCGGCUACUCCAUCACUGGGGCCUUUGUGGAUUCCUCCAGUUUUGGGAGUCAGUUUAAGCAAGGGGUUAAAAUAAAAGAGCAGCCCGAGAUGGACAUGCUGUUCCUGCAAGGUCUGUGUGGUAGUAGUCUUGCUGAUCCUGUAAAAAUAUUGGAGGAACUGAUAUAUAUAAUCAAACAUUUAUUUGGGUCUGAGUCUGAAAUGAUGGCGGACGUCUCGUCUUCAGAAACAAAACAAACAGACAUUCAGUCCCUCAGUGCUCAACACCUGGACAGGGCUGGCAAACUGCUCUUGACACUUGUGCAAGUGAAUCUUCUGGUUUUAAAAAAUGAAGAUCCUUCGUCUCAGGUUAAAACCCUGAAUGACUUACUGAGAGGAAAGCUGGAUGGAGACAAAUACAAGGAAUUACUCGGCAAGUCAAAAGAAAUGAACAAGAAAACUGUUAAGGAAUAUACCAUAUAUGUAUGCAACCUUCAGCCCUACUGGGAUCCCACAUGCAAUGGGUUCUGGAGUGUCAUUGCUAAAUGCACUGAGUUAGUUGCUUGCUGGAUCUGGGGAACAACAUACAACUUUCUAUACAAAAUGACAGAGAAGGAGGUUUCUAGAAUCUGUGAACAUGAAGUGAGGCAUUAUGCUGAUGGCGGGAUCAUCAUCAACUCACCUUUUUUACCGGUGCUGAGGAAAGAGAGACACGCUGACCUCAUAAUCUCCCUCGAUUUCAACGAGGACGAUCCAUUUGAGUCUCUCACAAAAACAGCUGAAAUGUGCAAAAAGCUACACAUUGAUUUCCCUGAAGUUCCUGAAGAGAUACAAAAGGAAAAGGAUUUUCCAAGGGAUUUUUAUGUGUUUGAAGGCUGCAAUACUCCGACUGUGAUACACAUUCCUCUUUUCAACAGAGUCAACUGUGGUAGUAAAGCUGAAAUGGAAAAGUUGAAGAGAAAAUACAGCACCGUCCAAGGGCCCUACUCCAUUGAAAAGAUUGAUGAACUGUUGAAGAAAGCUGGAGUGAACAUCACAAAUAACAAAGAGAAUAUUCUGACGGUGAUUCGGAACGUCAUCAAACAAAAGACGUCGUAGAUUUGUUUGCAUUCGUGUCACCCACAUCAUGGUGGCUAUCGCUAAAUAUUACAAAUGAACGUAACUUAGAGGGUAUAUCGAUUUUUGAUAGGGAAAUUAAAAUCUCCCAGUUGGCCGAUGACACAGCCUUAUUUUUAAAAGAUAAAUGUCAGUUGAAGAAUUUGUAUGUGCUUCUGGAUUGAAAUUGAAUAUGUCCAAAUGUGAAAUUAUUAUGAUUUAAUAAACUAAUGACUCCUCAAUAAAUGGUAUUUUAGUAAAAGAGACUUUAAAGUAUCUGGGUAUUUAUUUAACAAAAAAUUUAGCCACUAGACAACUGCUUAACUUUUCUGGUAGACUUAAAAAACCUCAUAGCAUUUUUAAUCUUUGGCUCCAAAGAGACCUUUCCCUUUAUCUUCUGACCAAAGCAGAAGGUUUAUCUCGUUUGGUAUACCCUUCACUUUCUCUUUCUAUUAAUAUCCCUACCGCUAAAGAAGUUAACAAAAUAUUUCUCAACUUUAUUUGGAAAAAUAAAUCCCAUAAACUUAAGAAAACAGUUCUAGCAAAUAGUCGAAAAGAUGGUGGACUUGAAGUGUUUGACUUUGAGGACAUAGUAAACACUUAUAGAAUAAAUUGGUUUAAAAGAUUCUUAAAUGACACUAACUCUAUAUGGUUUUUAUUCCAAACUCUAUUUUUCUAUUUUUCCAAAUUCUUCCUUUUAUUUUAAAAUGUAAUUAUCUACCGAAUAAAUUGCCAAUUGCACUGUCAAAAUUUCACCAGCAGGUUAUUCUUUUCUGGAAAUUGUGUUAUUCCCACUACAUAAUUUCUCACCACAUAAAUACAUUUUAUGGAACAACUCUGAUAUUAGAAUUAGAAAUAAAUCUAUUUUCUCUGUCCACGUGGUUUAACAGAAAUAUAAUUGGGAUUCUCUCAAUUUUUGAUAAGUCUGGCAACUUCUUGUCUUAUGAACAAUUUAUGUCUAAUAAUAAUUUUCCAUAACCUUUUAAAGAAUUUAAUGCUGUGCAAAAAGCAAUUCCUUUAGGCCAAAUUCAACUUAUAAAAUCUCAUUUAUUUUUUAAUGAAAAUGUUAUUAAAGAACCAGAGCUAAUCUUAAAUGGAAUUAUUCUAUUUGACAGAAAAUGUAAUAAUAAAUAUAUUCAACAAAUUUUUCAAAAUAAAAAGUAUAAUGUUCCCAAGGGCAAAUUUUACUGGGCAUCCCUCAUUGACCUAAUAGACUGGAAAAAAGCCUGGCUAUUACCUCAUAAGUACUGCAUCCCCAAUAAAACAAAAGAGGUUCACUUUUAAGUUCUUCAUGAAAUAUAUCCAGUGAAUAGUACUUUGGCAAAGUGUUUGGAGGUUAAUAACUCAUGCACAUUUUGUAAAACUAAAGACGAAACGUUGAUUCACAUAUUUUUGAAAACACAAAAAGCUUUUGGAAUAGCUUAAAUCUCCAUAUAGGUAAUUACAUUGCUUCUUCCAGACCCUUUCAACUACAAGAUAUUAUUUGUUACUAUAAAGGUAAAACUGAUAUAUCAGAGAACUACAUUAUUAACUUUUGUAUUUUGUAUGGAAAAUAUUUUAUUCACAAAAAAAUUCUCCACUUCGCAGCCUUCUUUUUUACAUUUUUAAUUGAAAUUGAUGUAUUUUAUGAAAUCUCUUAGACUGGUUAAUAACAAAAAGUGGUAGAUUCUUGGAUUAUUAUGAUCAUUAUUUUGGAAAGAUCACGGAUACAUGUUCUUCUUUCCUCCUGCUGUAUUUGUGUUAUGUAUGUAUCUCUGUUUUUUUUUCUUUUACUUUUUCUCUUUUGUUUCUCUUUUUAUUUUAUUUUUUUAUAUGUGUUAUAUUAUUUAACCUGAUCUGUUAUUAUCAUUGUUAUCUUUUUUUUUGUACGAUUGGAUUUUGAAUGUUUGUUUUUGAAGUCAAAUAAAAAACAUGUGGAAAUGUUUCUUGUCCAUUAGAUGGCGGCAAAGAACAGGUUAGAAUGAUUUUGCGAACGACUCAAAUACUUGAAGACAAAACAUUAUGUAAAUUUAAAAUGAUGGGAAAGCAACUAACAAGCAAUUAAAAGCAGCAGCCAAACCUACCUAACCAAGAUAUGCUGUUUUUAAGCAUGUUUGUUUCAAGUAUCUCCAAUUAUCCUGUGUGUCUUUUUGAUUUUUAUAUUUUUUUUAUUAAGCACUGCCUCAUUUAUAGAUCAUGCUUGAUCAUGUCCUUGGUGUAAUCACGUGUGAUUAAAUCUCCUGAUAAUAAAGAUGUUUACUCAAGA